AUGGCCGGCAAAGACGGCGCCGCCCCUCCCCCGCCUCCGCCCCCGCUCCCAUCCUACCCUAAGAUGAUCAUGGAGGCAAUCCACGCGCUGGGACUCGAGAACGUCUCCAACAAGAUUGUGAUCUCGGACUACAUCAAGGGCAGGUACGGCUCUAGCCUCCCGGUCCAACACAAUGCCAUCCUCAUGGGUCACCUUGCCCGCAUGAUGGCCACCGGCGAGCUCACCUUCCUAAGGAACAACUACCUCCUCCCCGAUGAUGACGACGACAAGGAAGCCUCCCCGCUGCGCACCGAUGGGCACAAGGACCCUGCCGACGUCGAGGACUCUACUGGCGUGUUGGACGCCACUUCCUUCCUCCUCGACUUUGAUGACGAUGAGCUGCUUGCUCCCCUAUCGUCCUUGACACUGACGACAUUGCCGUGCAUGCUCUAG